UUUCGUUUAUCGCGGCUUCACUACAUCGUGUUUUUUUUUUCCGAAUUAAAAAAACAUUUAAAAGUCAAAAUAAAACUUCUAAAUUGAGGAAACCCGUCUAACCUUGAAGACAAUGUAGUAUUGCUCCAAAUGUCUGAUUACAUUCCUUUAGAAGUCCGUCUUUGCGUGUUAGCAUGAUCGCGGAUUAGUAUCUUUCCGCUUAAUCGUUAGCCUGCCCAGUACUUCUUGUUGCUGACCUUACAUCGCUGAUUUCACUUAUCGCUUGGCUUUUGGAACCAACUAUCCGCGAUAAACGAGGGAUUACUGUACUUUAUCCCAGCAGUUGUUUUUUUGGUCUUCUCACGAAGCGUUCAAUGCUGAAUUGGGCAUUUAGCGUUCGUGACAUGAGAAUUAAUAAGUUCCACCAGGGACGGUUUGUUUACAAGGUAAAUAAACGACUGAGGCCAUCUUGGCUUGGCUUGUCUGCUUCCAGCAACACUUGAUGGAAGUGUUUGAGUAGCGGGCUGCUUUUCCAGUAAGUGUGUUUAGCCAAGAAGAGCCGCUUCCUUCUUCCCGCCGCAUGUUUUCUAGGCCCAAGGACAGAGAGGCCUCUGUUGCGUCCGUAGCCGUCGUCAAUGGGUCUUACACGCUGUCCGCCGGCGUUCUCCGACUAAGGCCUCGUCUCUCUCUCGUUGCCCAGACUGGAGGUCAGAGUGCCAGCGGGAAUGAAAAGACCGAAAGAGCCACUUCUCUCACUUCACCAAAGAACCUUUUGUCCUCCAACUGUCACCGCCGCCACUUGUCAAUGCUGCGAGACGGGCACCGAAUGUGACCAACUUUCGGUGAUGUAUAAGCGACAGCAAUGGUCGGUCGAAAGUCAAUGAAACGUUCAAAUUCAAACUAAAAUUUAACAUCUGUCGCGUAGAGCAAAACUGUAGUUAUUGUUAUACGGCUUGGCAAGUGUGUUUAACGGAAUGUUUAUCACAUGCUUGUCAACUAUAGCUGACAGGAAAGAAAAUGUGCUUCCUGUGCUAACGCUAGCGUGACAAACUUUUGCACUCUUAGUUCCUCUUCUGCUAAAUUAGGUAAAUUAAAACGAGGCAGAAUCAAGUGUGAGAUGCCGUCAAAAGAAGGACAAGGGUGAGAAAAGGUCAGCCCAAGUUCAUUAUGCUGGCUCUGGUGAUUUGAUUGAAUCGCAAAGGAUAGAUUUUCGGGAGAUAUUGAUGGUAAAUAUCUCAUUAGAUGAUUUAGACCUAUUAGUAAAUCCCUUUUGCUACUAAUCAAGUCUGAACAUUUCGCAAUCAGGCAUGUCCUAAUGAAAUGGACAUAUAUGUUGCUCAACAGUCAAAUAAAUUCAAAAAACAAACAUUUUUUAAAUUAUUUUAUGGCCAUAUUGAAAACUUAUACAUUCACCUUUAGGAUAGCUGCGUUAGUUAUAUUUAAGUGUAGAUUUAUGUUUAGGUUACGUUGUUGCUUAUGUUGUUGCAGUGUCACAUUUGGUCCACAAGAGGGCAGACAGGUUCAAAUCAGAACUGUACUCUAGCAACGGAUGUGUGCAGAUAUUUCAGACCAAAAUAUCCCCGUGGCUUUGCUUGGCUCUCCUCCCAGACGAGGUAUUGCUGGAGCCGUCAUGGAUCCGAGCUCAGGCAGAUUCCACCUUUGUCUUCAUUUGUCCGUCAACUAAGAAUAAAGGUGACCUCACAGGAGUGGGGGAGGCCCAUGCUGGAUUGCUGCUGUCACACUUCCAUCCAGCUCACCAGGCAGAGGAGAAAGGAGCAACCAAUGCUGGCAGUCCACAAUCCCACCAGCUGUCCUCUAUGAAGCUUUGCAGCCAGUGGAGCUUAGGAGGAGCUUUUUCCCAAGCCAAUAUGCUCUACAGGGUCCUGUCAUCAUCAAGCCCAGCGCUUUCGCUUCCACGCUGGGGUUGCUGAACCCCUUGCAGGGGACUUCUGGGACCGGACGCAGCUGGUUGUGGCUUAUCGGGUCUGACGAGACCUCCAAGGUGGACUCGCAGCAGCGGUGUCAUCCGAGAGACGUUCACGACAACUUAUUGCGUGUGGAGUCAGCAUUUUGCAGGAUCUCAUAUGUCCUCACGCUCCAGUCAGGAUGGGAUGGCUGUUCCAUCAGUUUAAGUUCUCCACACCUCACAUCACGCUCCUUCAUUCCCUGCCUGUGACCUCCAUAUGAGAUUCCACAACUGUGAGCAAAGCUGGCCCAGACGUUCAGCUUCACAUCAUCCUAAAAAGGAGCAGCUAGCCCGGCGUCGGAGCAGCUCUAGUGGCUGCGGCGUUUGUCGGUGACCACAGCCAUGCAGGUGUCUUUCGCGUGCACAGACCAUGGGCUGAAGGCCCCGCGCAACGGCGAGCACAGCAAACAGAACACCACCAGCCCCAACACCACCAGCCAAGCCCGAGCCCGAUUUCGCACCGUGGCCCUGAUAGCUCGCAGCCUGGGUUCCUUCACCCAUCGCUACCAUCACAAUCUCAAGGAGUCCACCGCCAAACUCACCGGGAUGAAGUACCGGAAUCUUGGGAAAUCUGGUUUGCGUGUGUCCUGUUUGGGCCUGGGCACGUGGGUGACAUUCGGCGGUCAGAUCUCAGACGAGGUGGCCGAGCAGCUGAUGACCAUUGCGUAUGAGAGCGGGGUCAACCUGUUUGACACUGCAGAGGUGUAUUCAGGCGGGAAAGCAGAGAUAAUCUUGGGAAACAUCAUCAGGAAAAAAUGCUGGAGGCGAUCCAGUCUCGUGAUCACCACAAAACUCUACUGGGGAGGAAAGGCUGAGACAGAGAGAGGCCUCAACAGAAAACACAUCAUUGAAGGUUUAAAAGGCUCUCUUCAGAGGAUGCAACUAGAGUACGUGGAUGUGGUUUUUGCCAACCGACCAGACAACAACACCCCCAUGGAGGAGAUCGUGAGAGCCAUGAGUCAUGUGAUCAACCAGGGCAUGUCCAUGUACUGGGGAACAUCACGGUGGUCUGCCAUGGAGAUCAUGGAGGCUUACUCAGUGGCCAGGCAAUUCAAUCUCAUUCCGCCAGUCUGUGAACAGGCUGAGUAUCAUUUUUUCCAGAGGGAAAAAGUGGAAACACAACUGCCGGAGCUCUACCAUAAAAUCGGUGUCGGUGUGGUCUCAUGGUCCCCUUUGGCCUGCGGCAUCAUCACUGGCAAAUAUGACAAUGGGGUGCCCGAGUCCUCCAGGGCCUCCAUGAAGCCAUACCAGUGGUUACGGGAGAAAAUAAUGAGUGAGGAUGGAAGAAAACAGCAAGCCAAGCUGAAAGAAAUGGCUCAUAUAGCGGAGAAGCUUGGUUGUACGUUACCCCAACUUGCUAUCGCAUGGUGUCUGAGGAAUGAGGGUGUGAGCUCAGUACUGUUGGGAUCCUCCAAUCCAAACCAAUUAACAGAGAAUCUCGGAGCCAUUCAGGUGAUUCCAAAGAUGACAGCGGGCAUCGCCUCAGAAGUGGAUCACAUACUGGGGAAUCGCCCACACAGCAAAAAAGACUACCACCAUUAGGACAACCUGACAGUCUCUGGAAAGUGUAUCAAAGAUCACACAUACAGCCAUGGCACAACAACUAGUGCCCAACUUUGCUUGUGUGGCCCUGUGUGUGACUGUGUAAGAUGUUCUGCUUGGUUCCUCAGCCACUUGUUAUCAUAAAAUGAGAUCCUCAGCAAAGAAUGCAUGCUUACGUACAACCAUGGCAGCGGGCUGAUGCGAGGGAGAAGAUCCAACGUGAUCAUUUAUUGAAUUAUCCAUCUGUUCCCAAUCUAUGUGCACAAAGUCAAGAGUGGAGAAUAAUGCAAUAAAUUCUGUAUGAUGUGAAGAAAAUCAAGCAGCAUCAUUGCUGUGCAGUGAAUACCUUAACGUUAAGUUGCAUUUGUUUUUUUAAGAAUUUUGCCUCGCUAAAUGUUUAGGAGGUGUUAGCAACAUGUAACCUGAGUAAUUGAGCCUGGCCUCAGCAGACUGGAUGCUACGGCGCAUUUUUUUUUUUUUUUGCAUCUCAAACUGAAGUGUCAGUGUGAUAAAUUGUCCCUGUAUAAGAUGAACUGAGCUCAGCUUAUAUAUUUUCCAAAACAACUGUGCUGUUACUGAUUGUAAUGUGUUUUAAACAGUUUCAACCAUCCUCCAAAAAUGUUGUUUUACCUUAACAUGUUUUUAUUUCGACUCUUGUGGUUAAACAUUGUCAGGGUUGUCAUGAUGAUGAAUCGGAGAGGGGAGCUUUUAAAGCCAUAUAGGCCCUAGCUAAUGAAAACACACAUUACAUACACACGCUGCGCUCCAAGCAGUUUGUUCCAGAAGCCAUUUUACUAAAUGGCUCUUUGUUUUGCUCUGUUCAUGUGUAUUUUUGGCGUGAUUCAUCAGCGUUGUACAUAGAAAUAAAGAGAUUAUAACUAA